UAUGGAAGAAGCCUGAGCAGGUCAACUCAGUGUGCCGAUUGCAUUGCAGACGGUUAUUUGAUUCGAAAGCUAGUAGAGUUAGCUUACUCGUUACUCGCGGGGCUCCUUUGUGCGAACACGGGGUACAUAUUUACAAGUAUUCGCCGAUGUUUGCGACUAUGCCUAUGAGAUGAGCGGCUGUAGGACGUGAUAUCAACUGUAGUGAGGAUGAACUUAGAGUAUAGAACCAACAAGCAAGGACUGGCCGGGUGCUAGCGUAUGUAUGAACUGUCGUCUGCUCGUGUCUCAUUUCUGUGUUUACCUUCUGGUCCGGCGUCCCUCAACGAGAAGCGGUACCCAGAAGCUUCCCGUGGGGAUGGGACUUGUGUCGGGAGGGGAAAGCGACCUUAGUGAAGCCCCGGGGAGGAGUCGACAACAACAACAACGUCAACAACAACACGACCCCGUGCCCGAGUAGACCAGGCCAGUGAGGAGGAUGCAUGUUUGGGACUUGUGUCUGCUGGCGAUGUGUAUCCAGACGAGUCACUGUAUUUUCUCCAGUGGGGUGCCAGAGUUCUGCGACCAGGCCAGGAAUCAUUGUUUCUCCCGAAUAGGCUGCCAGAUGGCUCUGAACAACUUCAUGAUCGGGUGUAGCGACGUCAUCAAAGGGACUGUGGACACAUGUACUACUGACUGCAAGCAUGCUCUUAUCUCUCUCUUGUCCACGGAAGAUCGGUCCGGAAUCGCCUUCGUCAAUUGUAACUGCAGUGACGACGAGUUUUGUGAAACCCAGAAGCGUCGAGUCGAGAUCUGUGCUAAGGAUGUGAUGGAGUUUAUGAACAAUAUCAACGACAACGCCGUUGUGAGUUGCGGCCUAGCAAUGUGGAUCUGUGAAGCUGACACUUCGUGUUUGGCAGCGUUGCAGUAUUACAUCCGCCACUGCGCCAAGCUGAUGAAUGGUGAAAGCUGCAGUGCACGGUGCAACAACAGUUUGGACAUUCUGUACCGUCAGACCAGCUCCAAGAUGCUGCAAUCAUGUGAGUGCGACGGCACCGAGGACUACAACUGUCAAACCCUGAAAGACAACACCGAGAGAUUAUGCUUCAACAGACAGCCACGAGUUGCUUACACGGUGUCGGGCAAGAGUGAAGUGACGUCUUCAGGUAGUAACAGCUUCAAGACCAACUCAGGUAUUCUUCUCCUUGUUGUGAAUAUAUCCCUCCUCUUGUACAGGGACGUGUUUCUCUUAUAUCGGAAGGCGUUUCUAAAUCCCCAAUGGUAACACCUGCUUCUCAGUCGGGUAAUACAGACAUCAUAGUUGGUACUUAAAGAGCUGUUCCAACAGAGAUGGUACAGGGUUGUGUGAAAAGAAAGAAUGAGACCCGGCUGUGGAUUUGGGGAGGAUGUCUUGACAUGGAAUGCGGAAACGCCAUGCAAUACUACGUUCCGUGUUACGAGCAAGCCGGCAGCGGGAGAGAAGCUGUGAUGGCGAAUCUCCCACGGGAACUUGAAGGGAAGAUAUACGGAAGUGUGAAUAUAUUCUCCCAUAUGGGUAACUAGUUCUUGGACGAGCAGGUGUUUUAGCUCCGACGAGGAGCAAGUGGGCUAUUUUCCCAAUCUGAAUAUGAUUCUUGAGGCUGCCCACAAACCGUCAAUUAUUAGAGGAUGUCCCAGGCUCCAUGGUACAUCCGAUACGUACUAGAUACACACGAGCCUGUACAUUAAAACGUGAUCUCGUUUAAAAAGCUUUGACACGUGAACUCAGCGUGAAUAUGUGUGGUGUGUGGACGGAGGACACGCGAGUGUCGGGCCCAAAACUGAUGCCACAGAUGUAUUCCAUUUGCCGAACACCAUGCUGUGCAUGUUUCCAUACUAAACGUGAAUGUGUGAAUGUUGACGAACAUAUGACUCCCAAACGUCAUGUUGCUAUCUUCCAUGUGGACUUGAUUUCCUGAGAAAUGUAAUAUUUCACGAUUUCGUACUAUAAUCGAGAGACCAUUUUUAAAGGAACAGGUGUCUCCAGGACAACUGAUGGGCCAAAGUAGGUGUCCUGUUUUACCGCUCGUUGUUCCCGUGUUCUCAGAAACAUGAAACCAGUUAUCUGCCAGGCAUCUCUUGACCGUUAUGUUCAACAAACCGUGCUGCCUUUUGAAGCACUUCAAACGACUAGUAGGAAAGGUCCCGGCCUUUUCUAACGCUGAUCAUUUCUACACUGAGGAGGAGAACGAACAUCCCUGACAGGUUCUGUGGCUGCCUGUGUUCGUCAGAGGACGGAGGACAUAUGGGGACAUCUACAUUCCAUCUGGUACAGAAUAGACUCUCGUCCUCACCUGUCCUCUGUAGACGACAGCGUUUCUCUACGUCAGCUACGACGCUACGUCGUCUCCCCACUAGCUCAUCUCGACUGUGCUAAGAUUGGAACGUUCAUAUCUACGUUGCAAUCUGUCCAAACAUAUCGUUGUUUUGAUGCCCCGGCUUCUCCUACAAGACAGCCAUGGGUUUGUAUUUCAUUUUUUACGUUAUCUGUGUCAGAUUCAGUGUCUCACCUGAAGAUGCUUUUAUUCAUGUGUCGUCUGCGCGAUCUCUGUCAGUGGGGAGUAGCAUUGAAAUUGUUUGUUUGAAAAUCGGCUAGUGCUAAUAUCCAUCAGAUUAACUUUGUAUAUGUAAGAUAUGAAUAGACAUGAAUACAACUAGUUGCUUAAUUCUCUCGAUAAUCCAAAGACAGUUGUCUCAAAUACAAUCCUUUGGGUAGAAAAGUGGACGGUUCACAUAAACUACCGGGCAAAAGAAAGUAUACCCUUGACAAUUUUGACAAAAAAUUUGCAAACGCUAUAAAAAACAUGACUGAAACAAGGCUGAAAGCAGUCACGGAAGCACUGCAAACUUAAGGUCCAACACAACUAACUAUGAUACCCGUGUCAAAUACAUUACCAUCGAAUAACCAUUUCUUUUUUGUUUCAAUUUUAGCCACCAUUAAACGCGGGUGUGUACUUUCCUUUUCCCGGCAGAUUACAUGGAUGCAAUUAUUUUGCAAUCUCUUCAACGGAAUACGUCUUUCCGUAGCAUGGAUUUCACAUUGAAAAUAAUCACAACUAAUCAAACGUUACUAUCUCAAAAUUCGUAGGAUUAUUUACAAAUGACAUCGCUUUUAUUUUAAAAUUAUGUGAAAAAUAUUUUAUAUAUAGUGCUGUUACUUUUGUAAAAAUAUCUAACUACAUUUAUAUUAUUCACACACCUAAAGCAUUUGGGGGGGGGGGGGGGGGAUGUUUUAUUUUUUUUAUUUUGUGGAAUGGUACGAUUUUCUUCGGUUUCAAUAUAUAAACGUCGCAUAUAUGCUACUUCAACAUAUUCGUAACAAAUAAACGCCUGUUAAUUUUGUUUGAAUUCAUAAAAAAUGUCACAGAACAGCUGUGUAGGUGCAGAUCAAACCAUUCCCCCGGUACCUCAAGCUUUCUGGAUCUAAAUUAUACCUUUAUGUUAUAGAUGUUAGGAACAUCAGUCCAACAUGUCUAGAUGGGAUUAAAAACUCACAAAUUAGUGGACAUAUUUGACAUUAUUUGAGCCAAUCAGAGCUGGGGUAGGCGGUGUGGUUCAGGAGUCCGUAACAAUCCCUAGAAUAAAAUGUUAAAUUUACUUAUAUGUACUUACAUAAAUCCCUACAAAAGUCCCUUAAAAAUACAGUAUAGAGGGGAAUCAGCAUCCGAGGGCACACACGUCACACAAUACAAAUAGUGUUCAAUGGGUGCUGUGUUAAAGGGCUAUAUGAUGUCACUGAUCGUUCACUCCAUAGUCACGACUACGAUAAUAUACUGUUCAGCGGGCACCAGGGAUUGUAUAGGCAAUAUUCCACACUGACAACAAUGCCAGUCCUACGAGUGAAACCUGAUGUAUUCUGUUGUUUGACACCGGCGUUACCUCUGACAAUCACAAUCUUCAUACAAGUUAGGAAAGGUUUGUAAGAAAGUAGAUAAUAUGACUUAGUCAUCUCUACAAGUUUGUGAAGGCCGUAGUGUAUAUUAUUUAUAUACAACGACCGGUCAAAGAUUAGCUGAUGAACGGGAUUCAAGUAUACGGGUACCGGGUUAUGCAUGGGACGGGUGCGAUAGUGAAGAUAGAUUUGUGAAUUUGUUUUGUUUGGGGUUUUGUUUGGUUUUGUUGUUGUUGUUGUUGUUGUUGUUUAACGCCGCAAUCAGCAAUAUUCCAGCUAUAUGACGGCGGUCUGUAAUUUGAAAUAGGUAUGUUCUUGCAAUACAAUAUGGUGAAGAUGGGUCUUACCUUUUUCGUUAUGUUUAUACAUGUAUAUAGAUAACGUUUUUGUAUCACCAUUUCAAAGAAAUUCAUCACGGGUGAUAUUAAAAACUAACUAAUUAGAAUUGUAAAUACUGAAAUUAUUUUCAGAGUUUAAAUAACUUAAAGGACAACAUAAAUUGUAACUUGUAUUAACUAAUCAAUCAAUGUGGGAAGACAAGACAGUUUAUAGGAUUUUAUAUAUUUUAUGCUAAAAAAAGAACUAAUUUUCAAAUUUUAACACGAAUUAUUAGGCUUUCUAUUAACAGCGUAAUGAAAAUUAUUAACUAAUCAAUCAAUGUGGGAAGACAAGACUGUUUAUAGGAUUUUAUAUAUUUUAUUCUAAAAAAAGAACUAAUUUUCAAAUUUUAACACGAAUUAUUAGGCUUUCUAUUAACAGCUGAAUGAAAAUUAUUUUGAUAGUGUUGUUUAAUACGGUUAAAGUUCGCUUGUUGACCCAGAUAAGAUCAACAAAAACAUGCCGACAUCAGAAAACCAGAUGCCCUGCUCGUAUCGCUGUCUAUUUAAACAUUUAACACCUUUCAGAGUCUUGAUUAAAUCCUCCCAGGGUUAAUCCCGUGGUGAUCAUAUAUGCGCCGAUUGAUCCCCGCUUGAAGAAAGAGUAUACGAGGUAGCAUACCCUCCAGUGAGCCGCGAGAUCCGGUGAGACACACGUUCCGUGGACGCAAGGGUGCAAACUGUUAACUUGUCUAAACGUUUUGACCAGGUUCAAAGACUAUGUAAAGAUUAGGGGUAACACAAGCUGAACAUGACCAAUUGGGCAGAUAUAUGCGCGAACACGAUCUCCUGUAUGCUUAGACGUACUCGGUUUGGAUAAGAGGCAUGGUAUUUUUUCCUAUAUAAAUUUCCUCGUGUGUCGAGGCCGAUAGGACAUACUGCAUUCCCAGACCAAGCACAGAGCGCCGUCAUCACCCAACUUCGUCUGGGUUAUCACAAAGGGGAUAUGGCGGAAAAUGGGGACAAUUUAUGAGAUGAAGAAAUUUUAAUUUUGAUAUAAAUGUCAGAAAAGGUGAUCGACGAGCCUUGUGGUGGAAGUGACGGUGUUGAGUUACGUGGGACUUUUUUGCCAAUUAGGAUAUUUUUAUCAACAUAAACGCACGUAAUUUUUCUUAGGUUAUCUCAACGUUCAUCGACUGGGUAAUUAUCUCUUUUAUUCAAUUUAUUCUUCUGAUAAAUGCUGCAAGUUUCGCUAACUAAGAUGAUGCGUGUCCUUUAAUUAAGCAUUUGAAUAGUAAGCCAUACCAAAAUGUAUAUUGAAUGUACAGAAAUAUUUAAGUAGAAUUUCUUACAUGAAAACAGCCUAAAUGUCGACAAAACAUUACGAAGUAAUCUGAAGAUGUCAAACACUAUAGAAAAAAAUAUUCCACCUCAAGAGUAAAAAACAUACAGUACCAAACAUUUAAGUCAGUUUUCUAAAAUGUGAAAAGGCUAUCGAACUAUGACAUCGCUUUGAGAAAAGAAAACUUUCACAAGCCUUAAAGGCACACGUACCAGUUUCACCUAGGGCAACUUUAAGAUGUAAUUGGUGAAACCUGAAACAGAAUCAUCUUUCAAACACUGAAGGCUAUUUCGUAAGUAGAGAACAGUCCCUUGGUAGAAUUAUCACACGAAUCAAUUGCAUAUCUAGAGAAUGUGUCGCGAACUAUACUGGUGUGAUAUGGUAAUACUGCAGCCAGCCCCGGUGACCUGACAGUGUAAUCUGUCCAUCAAGUGUCGCGAGGCGAGCAGUAUCAUACGGCCUGGCGCCACACCACAUGUCAGAAUAGGUUGACGAAUUGUAUCAUAAAAUGCGAGUCAGGGUCGCCCCUAUUACGCGUGGGAGGGGCCAGCUAGGAACGGGUGUGUAUUAGAGGGUGUGGAACUGUUGGAUGGGAUGGGGAUUUACACGUCGUUUUCAUUUCAUUAUUUGGUUGAAACACAAAAUUUAUAUUAAGGGCAUUUUUUUUCUUUAUUCGUGAAUAAUGUAGAUAUAAUAACGUAGGGUGAAAAUGGAUCUGACCAAAAAAUUACAAACGUUAUCAAAACAUUAUAAGUCUGAAAAACAGUCACCGAAACACUCCAAAACACAACUAUGAUACCCGUAUCAAAUACAUCACCAUCGAAUAACCAUUACUUGUUUGUUUCACUUUUAGCCACGAUCAAAGAUGGGUGUGUAUUUCCUCUGCCCGGCAGUUUAGCUGCGUUUUCAUGAAUAUGAUUCUUAAGUUGUGACAUAAAGAUUACCCUGUGAACGCAUAGCCACAGCCAUUGACAGUCCUUGUAACACAUUAUUACGUCUCUGAACACCUUUUAAAAACCCUGGUACCCACAUGCAGGUGUGUCCCUGUUGUUAGUACCCCCAAUGAGGAACGUACACGGUUUCCAAGCGCCGAAAUAGCUUUUUGUCAUUUUAAGACAAUCAGUCGUCCUCUAAAUUUAUCAUCAACCGUAAGUGCUUUUACGUGUAGCAGGUUGAGAAUGAUUUUUUUUUGCCUGAUUCGAGUUCCAGGUCUGCCGUGGCAAAUGGUUGUGUAAGCUUCAUGCGAUUGUUGCAGCUUUACACCCCCUACCCCUACCCCUACCCCUACCCCCAUCCCUCCCCCCGCCGCUAGCCGUUGAUUGCACACCUGGGGAGACUUAGCGCCGAUAACACUCAGCAAGGGCCGGGGUCACUUUGGGUCGCUCUCAGCUUUUCUCGUGUUGUAAUGACGUGAAACAGUGUGUAUCUCAACUGGCCGCCGACACAGUCCGUAUCAAAAGCGUAAUGACAGAACUGGGGAGUCGGGUUUCAGGGGCGGGAUGUUGAGGGUGCUGGGGUAAGCUCGACCCCUAUCUCUGACGUUCAUCAGCUUGACACUAUGGGAAGGAUUCGGCAGUUGAUAAUCGCGAGACCUCGUGGUCCCCGACUUGGGAUGAGGAAAGUGAGGGACCCCUUGUGGAAAUACCGUCUUAUGUUGAUAAUAAAUACGUAUUUUGAUACUGUCGACUUUGCGAUCUCGUCUUAUCGCUUGUAUAUGCUUAGAAGUUAUGAUUGCAUCGGCGGCGUCGAAUGCCUCCUAACAGCAUCUUCCGCUAAUGGUGUACUUUUGUCUAUUGAGGAAACUCGCGCCCGAACCCAGAGUCAGAGGGGGUGCAUAGUGAUAUACGUUGUGUAUCAUAUCUGCUUCUAUGGUUUACAUAAUAUGUACAGCGGGCGUAGGGGGGUGAAAAUUGUAGAGGGGGAGGGGACUGUGGUAUCAUCUGCCGCUAUUGACAGCUUUACCCGCUCUCUCGCGCUGCCUUCACAGUCCAUCCCUCCAUCUGAAGCCUCCCACCACCACCGCCUCCCUAUUUAUGGCACAACCCUUCCCCGACCCUUCCCCCACCCUGCCCCACCUACACCUGUCGUCGUUCCUGCCCCAUCCCGCCAUAUGUAACCAAAGAUAUAUUUUUUUUAAUAAGAUAACUUUAUUUCUGGGACUAAAUGUUAGUGUACGUGUAUUUUCAACACUGUCGGUAGAGCCUACUACCCACUGGGAGUGGGGUUGUGUGUAUGUGUGUGUGUGUGUGUGUGGGGGGGGG